UAAAUCAGACUAAAAUAACUUAAUUUAAACGAUGAAUAAUAUCUUGGUAUUCUUCUAUUUCUCAGCCAUUAUUGCAGUAGCAUCUGCUACCGAUUAUUGUUCCAGCUCAAUUUGUAGCAAGGGUGUUAAGCAUAUUGCUUGUGACAACAAUGGAAAAUUCGAUGCUUCCUGUUCGGCCGACGCAAAAAUGGUAACAAUAACCGAUUCAUUAAAGAAACUAUUAGUUGAUGCUCACAAUGUUAAACGUAACUUCAUUGCUCGUGGGGGUGAUUCCAAACAUAGUCCUGCUUGUCGCAUGUCCACCAUGCAAUGGGAUGAUGAAUUAGCUGCCGUUGCUGCAUUCAAUGUUAAACAAUGUAAAAUGGCUCAUGAUAAAUGCCGUAACACAGAUGCCUUCAAAUAUUCCGGUCAAAAUCUUGCUUGGAUGGGCUACUAUGGUAUUCCUAAUGAUGCUCAGAAACUAACUCAAGCCGUUGAUAUGUGGUAUUCUGAAGUUAAGGACAGCAAACAAACGUAUAUUGACUCUUAUCCUAAUGGUUAUUCCGGACCAGCUAUUGGUCAUUUCACUGUCAUGAUGGCUGAUCGUAAUAUACGUGUCGGUUGUGCCGCCUCUACUUACUCUCCAGCUGGUCAGCCCUAUAAGGCUUACUUGGUCGCCUGUAAUUAUGCCACUACCAAUAUGAUAAAUUUCCCCAUAUAUGCCAGCUGCAAGAAAGCUGGACAAUCUUGCACCACUGGCAGUAAUCCCAACUAUCCGAAUUUAUGUUCCCUUUCCGAACAGUAUACUGUUAACAAAUGGUUCUAAAUUUAAGUAAUUAUACAAAUAAUAACUAGUUUAUUAUCAGUUUAUAGUUAUGAAUUUAAUAAAGAAAUUGAUUCAAUAA